UUUUGGCCAGCACUGUAUUGGAUAAUGCAUCCCUCUCGCUGUUAAGGUAGCUUGCGAGAGGUUGUGUCCUUGAAAAGUUGAGUCAAAAAACAAUGAGCACCCCUGCUAUACACCAUUGUCUUAAUAAGGAAAUCAACUACUUCAUCCCCUCAAGAACAGAGGAGCUUACAGAAGUAGUUCAUGAACUGGGAAAAGAACCUGAAAAAGAGCCUUAUACAAAAUCCACUCCAACUUCCACUUUGUGUGAUAUACACAAUACAGAAUACAAAUGCAUAAAUGCAAGUGAUUAACAUCUGGCAGAAGAUAGCAAAGCGGCAUGCCGCCUCCACCCAUGUGUUGUUCUUUGAUAACACAGGGGAGGGAAAACACCCCCGCUACUGUGAACCCUUUACCACUACCACGAGUUACCUCGGAAAGAAGGAAAUCAUUUGUCUUUUUAAUAUCUUUGUCUUUCUGUUGUGAUAAAUUGGUUCAUUAAUGCCUUGAUUCUCUUAGCUGUGGACCACCAUUUUUUCCCAUGAACAGUAGCUCGCAAUGCUAUCCAAGAAGGAGAAAGAGCUACUUAAAGGCGCAUGGGAGCGACUGAGCCCUGUGGCUAGAUACAUCGGAGCGGAUGCACUUCUUCGAAUGUUUACAACCGUCCCCGGCAGCAAAACAUACUUUUCCCACUUAGACAUCAGUCCGGGCUCCGAUCACCUCUUCACCCACGGGAAGAAGAUCGUUCUGGCCAUUGCCGAGGGGGCCCAAAACAUCGGCCAGCUGACGGAAACUCUGGCACCUCUGCAGACAUUGCACGCCUAUCUGCUGCGGAUAGACCCGUCAAAUUUUAAGCAUUUCUCCCACUGUAUGCUCAUCGCCUUGGCUGUUCACAUGGGUGAAGACUUCACAGAAGUUUUACAUGCAGCAAUGGACAAGUACCUCUCAGCUUUUGCAGCGGUGCUAGCUGAGAAAUACCGAUGAGGUGGUCUCAGCGUACACAAAUGGAUGUACAGUAUUUAUAUAUGUGCACUUGUUCUUUUAUGUGUUGUUAUAAUAAAACUUGUGAAAAUAACAUGAUUGAUGUAGUAGUGUAGGUAUGACAUUUCUCUUUCAAAUCAGGAUUGCAAACUGGGCUUUAUGAUCAUACAUUUUUAUAACAAUCAUUUAGUCAGAAUAGGU